AUGGAUGCAACAACUAAAGUGGAAGACAUGGAUUCCGGAAACGACACUAAGACUGAGGACACUCCAUUAAGCCAGACAAGGAGUAUGGAAGAAAGCGGCGAUUCUAAGGAGCCAAAGGUAGAAUUGAAGGAGGAGGCGAAAGUAUUGAAGGAGGAGCCGAAAGAAUUGAAGGACGAAUCAGAAGAGUCCAAAAACGAUAUAAGCGGACUCUCUCAAGGUGACACAAUCUCAGAAGCCGCCGAAAAGAGCAUACCUGCUGACGAGAAGGGUAAUACUGCGUCGGACGCUGGGACAGAUUUGAAAGAGCCAGAAAUACCGAAAGAACCAACAAAACUGGAUGAUCCAGGAAUGCUGGAAGUUUCAGCAGGACUAGACGAUUCAGGAAUACCGGAAGUUACAGCAGGAUUGGAAAAUUCAGGAAUACUGGAAGUUUCAGCAAAAGCAGAACCUUCUGAAGACGUCCAGCCUCAAGAUAUACCUAUCAACGAUGUCUCCACAGAUUCAUCUCCAUCCGAGGACGGUACAGCUCCACCAGUACCCGAGAAAGACGUGCCCAAGAUUUCCACAAGAAAGAAAAAACUGGUUGGCUUCGCACCUGAACCGGAACAAGACUUGAACGAACACCACAAGUUCUUAGAACAACGACGUAAAGAGAAACUUCAAAGCAGCCCGUUCUGGAAAACGCCACCUGAAUUUGCUCAUCUCGAACGUCACAAGGAGGGGCCCAAACCUCUACCGACCUUUUCGAAAAAGAAAGCUCCUCGGGUAAAAAAACUUGAGGACUUGAAAGACCUUCCUACCAGGGCCGUGAAGGAAAUCUCCGUGGUAAAUAAGAAUACCGCAUUGAAUUUUUUCUAUCAUGAAAUUAACGUUCCUGUUGGCCCGGACAGAAUUUUGGUGGACGUCAAGUACGGGUCUUUAUCUUCUUUUGAUCUUGAGAAACUCUCAAAAUACAAGCUCAAUCUUUCCGAAGUUCGGGUGGGACUCGGCUACGAUUUUGUGGGUGAAAUUGUUGGAGUGGGGAAAAAGUACGAUAACCAUCCAAGCCUUAAAGUGGGAACGUAUGUUUUUGGUGUGGUGAACCCAGCAGACAAGAAAGGGGCACUUCAGACACUUUUGAUUGCGAAUCCCAAGGACGUCCUCAUUCCUAUUUCUCAGGAACUAAUGGAGGCCAUGAAGAAAGUCAAGUUGAAACUUACGUUCAACCAGCCUUCAUCCUUUCUGGUAGAUGGCGAUGAACUUGACUCUGACUCUGACCUGGAUCUGUCCGAUAAUUCAACCUCUGAUGACGUUCCGCCGACUUUACCUCCCAAGCAAGAUCCAUGGGCUGUGCUGUUUGAACUCGCCAAGUUUUGCACUUUUUCGAGUUUAUACUGCAGAGCCAAACAAGCUCUUUCGUUGAUGGAAAGUGUUUUCAAGAGAGAAGGGGCCGCAAACAUAAUUAUUAACGGCGCUGACACCGGAUUAGGAUAUACUUUGGCCCAAGUAAUCGCCUCCAGUGCGUACAGUAACAUUUUGCAAAGCUACAAUGUGAUUCUUGUUGUUCAAGAUAGCAGUUCGAAACAGGUUCGACGGCUCGCUGAUCGACUCAAUAGUGGAGGUUUGAAGAAGUUCCAUGUCUUGCCAUUUGACCUCGAAAACGAAGACCUUGUUCUUCCAGGGGAGAAGGUGCCAAUUAACUACAAGAAACCGCGUUAUUUCGCCACGGAGCUCCUCAAUUGCAUGUUCCAGGCCGUGCCAGAGCUGGAGAAGAUUCUGACGGUCAACGUGGACAGAACCAAAAUCGAUUUGUUCAUCGAUAUCAUUGGAAGCAAGAAAAUGUUUCAGUCAAACGUUGACAUGAAAAUGCUUGACCAGAACCAUUUCCCGAUGCAUGACAGAUUGGCCCCAGGCGUGAAAAUACUGAGCUUAUUUGGAAAGAGCAAAGAACCUUUGUUCACCAAGCUAUUGAGACCCAAGAACGCUGGUUCCGCGUUCGUGUCAUAUUGUGAUUUUUCUAUUUCCACACCAAGUUAUUCGGUCGACAAGUUAGUCGAUAAAGCCAAUGCUGGGAUCUUCAACCCAUGGGGCCUGAAAUGGAGCUCAGAAAUAGCCAACCUGUUUGUAUCAAAGUACAACUACUACACGUUGUUUGACUUGGAAGUGCGGAAAGACUGGGUUAACGAAGCGUUACAGUUGGUGCUUUCCAAUGAAUUGAGAGUCAAAAUUGAUCAUGUGGUUGACUGGCGUAACAACUUCCGCCAGUACAUUGAAGAAAUGAAAGAACGUGAUGGCCAAACGGUUUUUAGGGUCGAAUCGUUUUGA